AUAACAUCACAGAUGGUGGCAUAAUUUAUUUUGCACUGCUGUUUCAAAAUUACUGCUUUUUAACUAUUAUAAAGAGGGUUUAGACAAUUUAAAUCAACCGUACUUUUAAAGAUGGCUUCGAAGUUGACUACUGGAUUGACGGGUUUGGUAGUGGCAAGUAAUCCACAUCACACUUUGAGUGCUCUUUACGGUAAAAUAUUAAGAGCUCUUACCAAAAUGCCUCAGGAUGCUUCGUAUAGAAAAUAUACUGAAAAAGUUGUCCAAAACAGACUAAAAGCGGUAGAAGCGCACAAAGACGUUACCACUUUGGAAAAAGAAAUUGCUUGUGGACAGGUAGAAGAACUAAUCGUACAAGCUGAAAAUGAACUCAUUUUAGCCCGCAAAAUGUUAGGAUGGAAGCCUUGGGAGUCUUUGGUAAAACCAGCACCUCAAAAGCAAUGGAAUUGGCCACCGGCAAAAAUUGACGAACCAAUGAUCUAAAUAAUAAUAUUAUGUUAAUAAAUGUGAUAAAGACUCAUCACAUCACA